AUGCCGUCGUUUCUCAAUUUCUUUGGUUGCUAUACAAUCUCCGAUAAGGUGGCGGAUUGCAGCGCCGAAGACGGUGGUGCAAGUUCCACCACCGCAACUACUUCUUUGAACAAGUUCUCAUGGGAAGAGAUAAAGAAACGAAGUGGGAAUUUCUCCACGGUUAUCGGCUCCGGCGGGUUUAGUACCGUCUACCUUGCUCGAUUACCUGAUUCCACCUUAACCGCCGUCAAGAUCCAGUCGGUUGGCACUGAAAGGUUAGCCAGGAUUCAUGAUCAAGAGCUUCAAAUCUUGCUCCGAUUAAAACACCCAAAUAUCGUGAAGCUUCUUGGACACUGUGAUGAUAGGGAAGAAGAAGGUGUGCUGUUGUUUGAGUAUGUAUCCAAUGGCACUUUACAUGAAAAGCUUCAUACCAAAACGAUGAGUUGGAAAGCCAGAACUUUGAUCGCACGCCAGCUCGCGGCAGCUUUGGAGUAUCUUCAUGGGUUACAGAUCAUCCAUGGAGAUAUCAAAGCUUCAAACAUACUUUUAGACGAACAAGAAAACUGCAAACUUUGUGAUUUUGGGUCAGCGAAAUUAGGGUUUACUUCUAUGGUUCUACCUCCAUGUUCAACCAAGAGGAACAGAUUAAUGAUAACGGGAUCACAAGGAUACAUGGAUCCAGAUUAUCUGAAAACGGGAUUAGUUUCAAAGAAGAAUGAUAUCUACAGCUAUGGAGUUGUUCUUCUUGAACUGGUUACAGGGAGAGAAGCGUUUAGUUUGGAGAGAGGGGAGAUGUUGACGGAGGUGGUGAAAGGGGUGGUGGGUAUGGAGGAGGUGGUGGAUCCACGGCUGAGAUACGGUGGUGGUGGGGUGGAUAUGGAGGAGGUGAAAGAUAUGGUUGCAAUGGCGGGUAUGUGUAUUGGAUGUUCACCCAUGGCUAGACCUUGUGCAAGUGAGAUCGUGGCAUGGAUGAAGGACAAAUUUGAUUGAGUUUUCGUUAAAGCUGAUAUGAUUGUAUUGGAUAAUUGUUCUAUCGAUCAUCAUCAACUUUAAAUUUUUAUUA